UAUACAUCCUAGUUAAAGAAGGAACGGGAAAGCAUAUGCAGUUAUUCUCUUCAAAUCAAAUGCACAAAAUUCUAGGCCUGGAAACUUCCAAUGAUUUGUUGAUGAUUUCCCUCUUCCUAUUUACAGUCGUCUCGUCUCCUUCCUUGUAUAGUUUGUCAAUCUCCUCCCUCCACCUAAACCCCAAGAAAGAGAGAACGAGAACUAGUGAGAUGAGCUCACCUGGUCGAUCUCGAGGAGGAGAAAAGGAACAAAGAGCAAGGACUUUUGACACUGAAGCGAAGAAGAUGUGCUGGGCCAAGGCCGAGACUGUACCCGGUCGACAUCCCGAACGCUGGCGCAAAGAUUCCGCCGGAAAUGUCGUCUGUAAACGCUUUGCCAAUUGUCAAGGCUGCCUUUGCUUUGAAUAUGACCACAUUAUUCCCUUCUCCAAAGGGGGUGAAUCGAUAGCGGAGAACUGCCAGAUCCUUCAAACAAGGGUAAACAGGCUUAAAGCCAACAAGGAUGAGAUUGAUAUUAGUCAGUUAAAAAGCUACUCUUGCGAUAUCAAGUUCACUGAUAAGGAGCUCGAUGUAAUUGAAAUGGCUGUUUAUGGGGAUGUUAUCCGCCCUGGAAACCAAUGUCGUUGUAGAACUGUUGCAGAACUGCUAGGCCAAUACAAGUCAAAGGAUCGAGCUGCUCCCUGCAAGUUACCAUAGGCUGAUGAAUCCUUAUAGCAAAGGGUAGGCAUACAUUUCUCCAACUACGCCUCAGUCCCAUACAAAUUGGGUAGGCAUACAUUUCUCCAACAACUACGCCUCAGUCCCAAAUAAAUUGGGUGGGCAUACAUUUCUCCAACUUCAAUAUUAAUUUUCCAGAAGUCAUUAAUUUGUUGCAUUUCAAAAGCUUAAAGUAGAGUUUAAAUUUUUAUGUAGUUCAGCAGUCUAUUGAGUGGAUUGUUGGUAGCCUUGGUGGAUAACUGUUGUCACAUUGUGAACCUAAGUGUCGCGAGUGAGUCUCAAUGACAUAAGGCAAAUAAUUCUAAAGCCAUUUGCAACAGCAGAUCGUGUUUCGUGA